AUGCCUGCAUGUGUGUGAGAGAUGGGGAUGGGGUGUAGGAUAUAUGAUCAUUAUGUACUGGACUAAAUGGUUCUACUGUGGGCCUGGGUUAUGCAGCAUAAGAGAAUGCCAUGUAAAUCGUCAAUACUACAUGUACUCUUAGAUAUCAUAAUCCCCAAGGCUUUGUGGUCAGUGCAGAAUAUUACAUUCAGUGCCAUAUAUGCUGCAUAUUGCAUAUUGCAACAACAUAGCAACAGGAUAUAAUACGCAUAAAAAUAUGCACUGCACAUCUGAGUAUUUGUUUACUCCGAGAAUAACUCAAAAUAAACAUGCAAGGUACCUAUUAGGCUUCGUUGACAGAAGUGAUUUCUAGAAAGAGAUAGCAAUAGGUGAUCAGACAUGAGGUUACUGUUUCAAAUCGGUGUGCUACUAUUGACACUACAGAGAGGGACAUCUACAGAUAGUUGUCUUCGUGAAGAUUGGGGUAAAAUAAGAUUGACUGGUCCAAGAAGCAUAAAAAACGAGGGAGCUGUUCAACUAUGUCUUCGAACAAACAGGAAUGAAUAUCUCUGGUUCUACAUAGCCACUCAAGACGGUUGGACAAAUAAUCGCACAGCAACAAAUUUAGCCUGUAGAGAACUGGGCAUGAGUUACACUGAUGUCACAGUGGGCACCGUACAACUAAUGGAAGACGCUGUGACAGUAACAGUAGAAAUUAAUUGUAACAAUGAGGCUGAGAAGUUUAUAGACUGUUUACCCAGUUUGAUAGACAUAUCCGGGAGGAAUCAAGUUGCUGGACUGAUUUGCAACUGCAUAGAAGGAGCUCUAAGAAUGGUGGAUGGCUCCAGCUACAAUGAAGGACGAGUGGAGGUGUGCUCCAAUGGUCGCUGGGGUACAGUGUGUGGUGAUGGAUGGACAGAGAGAGAAGCUGCUCUAGUGUGCAGUAGACUGGGGUACCCAACUCUAAAUGCUACAAUCAGCAACUUUGGAGAGGGUAGUGGUCCAUUGUACGAUAUUACCUGUCGAAACACGGAAAGUGAUGACCAUGAAUGUACACCCAUAAUAACAUCUGCUCCAUCAAGAUGCAGUCACUCAAUGGAUGUUGGAGUGAGGUGCCUUCCUUUUAUUGAUGUUUGUCCAGUUCCAGUCAACGAAAUAAUUGUCACAGUAACAGCUUACGAUUGUCAGCAACUUCCAACACCAACACCAACACCUACGUCAACGAUUGCAAAGUGUACCCCAAUGAGUACUGUCAGUGAACAAGGUAGCAAUGUCAAUGAGAUGACUACUAACGACAGGCAAUCGAUGAUAGUUACCGAAACCCCACAACCAAAUAAUGGAGCCACUACAGAUAGCAGUAUCAAGAACACUAGUGGGACAUUAGGAGCACUCAUUGGUCUAUUGGCAGCUGCUCUAGUGGUUGUUGUUGCUGGAUGGAUUGUGUCGUGUGUUUACUUUCAGCAGAAAAUAAACAAGAAAUACAAAGGCCACACCCACACAGCACCUGCCUCUAUGAUUGACCCCACCCUCCAACUCAACAACCCAGCAUAUGGUGUUAGCACCACUGCCCCACACACCAUGUACAGCUCUCACGGACCCUCCUAUGAAGUCGUCGGCGCUAACGAGAGGGUGGGGCACAGCUAUGAUGUCAUCAGCCGUAGGAGUUUGUCUAUACCACACCCACAUACCACACCCCCUGCAUCCAACGAGGAGUACAGUACACUAAACACCAGCAGAGAGAAUAAUUAUCACAUAUUAGAGAGCAAUGGAGAUGGUGAAUAUUCAAUGGUCGGACAAAGUGACCCUCAAGAUUACGAGGUGCCCGCCCCUCCCCCCCAAGGUGAAGAGUACUCUACACUGAAGCAUUGAUAGCCCACGUGACUUAACAAGACACAGUGACACUCAAGUAUAUUAUAAGCAUUGUAAUCACUAAAUGAACACACAGUAUAUAUACAUGGAUGUAUACGCAGUUGUUGUAAGAUAAACUUUAUCUCUUGUUCA